CGCAAAUUCACCGUCGACCAGAAUUCAUCCAGCAGCAAACUAAUUCAAAAUGAAGACCUCUUUUGUAAUCAUUUUUGCAGCUGUUGCCUGUGUGAUGAGUGCUGAGAUUAAAGCUCCUCACACUGAGCAAGCUAAGGAAGAGAAUUUAUCAUCUAAAAUUGAUGGAGUCAAACAUUUUAAACAAAGAAAACCUGCAAGUUCCAUGAAGGAAGAAAAAGUAAUGGUGGACAAUCAGGAAAAAAGUAAAAAAGAGCAAGAUGAAUCCAACUCAGAAAGAACAUUCUUUCCAAGUUAUCCAUAUGAUUAUUAUAAUUAUAAUUAUAUAACAGAAACAGGCUACAUACAAUUUCCUUUUACAAUAACAAGAAAUAUCAAUUGCUAUGAUAUAUGGGGCUUUGAUUUCUGCCAAUGUUAUUAUCAAUGUUACUAUAAUUAUAAUUGUUAUUAUGAUAUUUGUUAUGAUAGCUGCUAUGACGCUUGUGAUUAUUACUUGUGUGACUAUGGUGAUUUUUACUGUUAUAGUUUCUAGUAGGGAUAAAGUUAAAAUGAAUUUUUUUAACUCUUUCAAACCAGUUAUAAAAUAAAAUUGAAAUUAAAUAUGGGAAA